UGACUGUGGUAACUAGAGACGACCCAACUUGGCCUGCUGAAGGAGAUUUCCCUUCCGCGGACAGGUUUCUGUCAUUUCAGCCACCAUGUUAUCCCACUCCCGGUGUGUCACCCGGAAUGUUAGCCGUUUUAUCGCUGUCAUUAGUCAGGGAAACAAUGUAUUGGCACGGCAGGCUGUGUCAGUCGUUUUAGAUUCUGCACGAGAAGGGAGUGAUUUACUGUUGUCAUCUGCUCCAGGACUGUCAGCUAGCCGUAGUGUCACAGUCAACAACCCAGCGAAAUGCGAAGCCAGGUCCAGCGUCUUCCAAAUCAGAUACUUCAAGACGUCUUCAGCUUGCAGGAAUGAAGUUAUCACAGUAAAGACACCUGCGUUUGCGGAGUCAGUCACAGAGGGGGAUGUGAGGUGGGAGAAAGUGGUUGGUGACUCUGUCAAAGAGGAUGAGGUGGUUUGUGAAAUUGAGACGGACAAGACAUCAGUGCAGGUGCCGUCUCCUGCUGCUGGGGUGAUUGAGGAGCUACUGGUCCCUGAUGGGGAGAAGGUCGAGGGAGGACAGGCUCUCUUCAAACUCCGGAAAGGAGCUGUUGCUGCCCAAGCUGCAGAGGCCCCAGCAUCAGCAGCAGUAGCAGGCCCUCCACCCCCUGCUGCUGCCACACCUCCAUCCUUUGCUCCCUCUGCAGUGGGCCCCAUCCCCUCCACUAUGCCCCCCGUGCCACCCGUGCCAGGAGCUGCCAUCUCUGCCACACCAGUUUCAGCCAUCAAACCCACUGCUGCCCCAGCCGCUGUUGCCCCAGCCGCUGUUGCCCCAGCCGCUGUUGCCCCAGCCGCUGUUGCAGAUGGAAGGGGGAUACCAGCCAGGACAGAGCACAGGGUGAAGAUGAACCGUAUGCGUCUGAGAAUCGCCCAGAGACUGAAGGAAGCCCAGAACACCUGCGCUAUGUUGACAACAUUUAAUGAGGUCGACAUGAGCAACAUCAGUGAGAUGAGGAAGGCAUACAAAGACGCUUUCCUCAAGAAACACAACAUCAAGCUGGGUUUCAUGUCUGCAUUUGUCAAGGCUUCAGCAUACGCUCUGAUGGACCAACCUUCCGUCAACGGAGUAAUUGAUGACACCACCAAAGAGGUUGUGUACAGGGACUACGUGGACAUCAGUGUGGCUGUAGCAACACCAAAGGGCCUGGUGGUGCCUGUGAUCCGUGGGGUGGAGGGAAUGAACUUCGCUGACAUCGAGAAGACCAUCAACGAGCUGGGGGAGAAAGCCCGUAAGAAUGAGCUGGCCGUGGAAGACAUGGAUGGAGGCACUUUCACCAUCAGCAACGGUGGCGUAUUUGGAUCAAUGUUUGGCACGCCUAUCAUCAACCCUCCGCAGUCUGCCAUCCUUGGCAUGCAUGGCAUCUUCGACAGGCCAGUGGCCAUCGGGGGCAAGGUGGAGAUCCGCCCCAUGAUGUACGUGGCUCUGACAUAUGACCAUCGGCUCAUCGAUGGCAGAGAGGCAGUCACCUUCCUGCGUAAGAUCAAGGCAGUGGUAGAAGACCCCAGAGUGCUGCUCCUGGACAUGUGAGCCAGCCUCUCGGCAGUCACAACAAACCACCCUUCACACACAGUGGCUAUACCCUUCCUCCUGAUGUCGUUUAUUGUUGAAUAACUAGACAGUGAUACUUGAAAAGAGCGAAAGGUGCAUUGGACUUAUUGCAUGGGCUGAAAUGAUGAAAGAAUUUAUGCUAAAUGUUCUAUAUGUCUGGGGCAGGGGUUUCACUAAAACGGGUCUCUGGAGAUGGAGAGGGUGUUGUACAACGCAAAGCACCGUUUGCCAUUUUCUACCUACAAUAAAUAUUUGUCAAAUAAUUGUAAUAUAAAUGACCAAAAAAAUAUCUUAGUUGUGUAUUGUUCAUUUAUUUUUGCUGAGAAAAGAACAAUUGUAACUUAUCAUAAGAUGGACUGCAAACACUAUAGGCUAAGAUAUGGGACAGGUUUUUAUGCGUUGUUACACUGAAAUCACAGUGGGUCCUUAAAGCAUUAAAAACAAAUCUGAUUCACA